AUGGGAUUCAAAACAGAGAACGUGGUUAUGAAUCUGCUACAAAAGAUCAAGGCAAUGGUAGGAGAGUUGAAAGAAGGGAGAGGGGUUGACAUGAUUCACUGGGUGCAAGAGAAAGUGAAGGAGCUCUUCCCAAUAGUGGAAAACUAUGUUUCGUUUUCCAUGUCCUGUUUGGGAAAGGUAUUUCCACCAGAAACAACAAGUUUGAAGGCAACUCUGGGAGAGGUGAUGAACAUAAUGCAAACAAGCAAAGUGCAGAUCCAACGCUGGAUCCAUUUCGGUCAUUGUUUACAUCCUGAAGCCUCCUUUUUCGCUUUGGUUGUCUGUAUCCUGAAGCCUCCUUUUGCUUUGGUUUGGAAGAUCAUAACUGCCUGCAUCCGUUGCAUUAUCUACAUCCUGAGGGCGCCUUUUGUUUUGGUUUGGAAAAUCAUAACUUGCAACGGGAAACUUGGUAAGAUGAUGAAAGCGCCUGGAAGGGACUAUAUGAUGCCAAGGAGAACCUUUGAGGCUAACCCAAAAGCGUAUUUUCGUGAUCUUCGAACUGGCAGAUAA